AUGCCACAAAAGACAUUAUCCCAGAGAGACCCGCACAGGGCCAAUCUGUCGACGAAACCAUCUCUGCUGGAAAACACGGCAGGCGGCAAAGGCAUUUCCGCUAUCGAUGGCAGCGGUGCUGGUGUCACAACAUCCUUUACUAAUGGCAAGCCAAGUCUUGACGGGCUUACUGGAAAAUCUCCCCUUUCUACCAUUUCUUUUGGGGAUCAUCACGCCAAUCUGUGUCGUGGGGUGAGGCCUGUUUGUCGGAUUCGCCCAACCAGUGCUGUGAUCCAAGGAGGCUCUGUUGCUCACAUUAACCGUCUGCAAGGAGAACUUGUGAGAAAAAGGAAGGUCAGUGACUAUUUGUGUGCUAAAGUGACAUGCCUCAAAACACAGGGCAAUGUGUAAUUUUGAGACAUAAGUAAAAAUUACUUUUAAAACUUGACUUUUAGUAUCGUGGUUCUAAAUGGUGAAAAUAAUCUUGCUAUUUUUAUAAGCAAUCGUUAUGAAAUUUACAAAAUAAAUAAAUUAAGGUCUUAUGUAUAUAAUGAAGGUUCAUAAAUGUACCAAGCAAACACAUACAUAUAGGCCACAUGUCUGAAGCUGCACAGGAGAGCAGCCAUGGAGCCAUUUUGACUCCCAGGCUGACCAGGUGUUUUCUCUGCAAGGUCAAAUGGAGAAGCCUCCCCAUUGUCUUUUCCUUCACAAAUCCUGUCUUAAGGGUAUAUCUGUGUAUGAAUAGGGUGAGCCUAUGAUCUGGCUCAGGAACUAAGUAUUUAUCAUUACAAAAGACUGGCCAGGCUCCCCAGGGUAUCAAUCCUGUAAACAUUAACAGAUAACUUGCCAGACAGGAGGUAAACAACCCACUCAGAUUUCUGCUUUAGCCCGCCCUUUCUGUGAUGUAAGUAUGAUGUAUCUGGGGUGGUGGUCUUGAGCUACACCCCCUCUGUGAUGUAGGUAUGAUGUUUCUGUGGGUGGUCUUUGACUCCAAGGUGGGCAAUUUAAAAUGUCUAUAUAAGGGCGGACACACCUUGGUUCUGGGUCCUCCUCCUCCUGUGUGUGAAGGGGGCACCCUGUUGCAACAGUUCAAUAAAGAGCAGGCUUACAAGCUGCUUUGCUUCUCAAUAUUCUCUGGUUGGCCUCUUUUUUCCUCCGACCGAUGGAGAACCUACAAAGGACUCUAUAAGGGCUCUUGUGUCCCACAUAAGGGAAUAAGGGCAGAUUUUCGUUUAUUACAGUUAUUUUAUAAGAAUGCAAGGAUACCAUUUCUGGGCUGGAAGGAUAGAUCUUGGAAAACAGAGUUUCCAUCCUAGCUCCGUAAUAGAUUGAAUGUUAUCAUAAUUCUCUUUUGCUUUAAAGCUAUUACAGACAGGAAUUUUCUAUUACUCGAGCAAGAAUCUGUUUUCUUUUGUUAUGUUGUAUUGGAAAUGAAUAACACUCCUAGCAAAGUCAGCUGUUUCUGCUUAUUCAUUCUUAGAUUGUUCAGAGUCCUCCAUAAUCUAUGAGACUCUUAGUGCUUAUCUGUAUCUAGAUUGUUCUAAUGGGUGGGAUUUAGCUAACCAGCAAGGACUUCCACCUGUGAACUGGGCUUUCCAUGAGAUGUAUUCAGAAUAUUUUUUGCUCUUAUGCCCACAAAACAAAAAAGAAGAAGAAGAAGAAGAGUUUGGAUUUGAUAUCCCGCCUUUCACUCCCCUUCAGGAGUCUCAAAGCGGCUAACAUUCUCCUUUCCCUUCCUCCCCCACAACAAACACUCUGCGAGGUGAGUGAGGCUGAGAGACUUCAGAGAAGUGUAACUGGCCCAAGGUCACCCAGCAGCUGCAUGUGGAGGAGCGGGGAAUCGAACCCGGUUCCCCAGAUUAUGAGUCCACCACUCUUAACCACUACACCACACUGGUUCAUAUUUAUAUGAACAGGAAAGCAUGGGCUAAAUGCCUGUGUUAAGGCCUUGUGUUUUUCAAUAAUAACGCUCCCUCAGCCUGAAAGCAGGAUGAGCGCCGCAACCCCACAAUCGCCUUUGACUGGACUUAACCGUCCAGGGGUCCUUUACCUUUUUCCUUUUUAUCUGCAGCCUUGCUGUGCAUGAGUGCACAAAACUAAUUCAGAAUCUGAUUGACAGAAGGUCAUCUGGUCCAUGUAAUUUACCUGAAUGAGAUUGCGGCCCCUCUAAGAAGCAAACGGCAUGCCCUUUUUGUUUGCCAAUUGUUGGUUCCGUGCUCAGCCUAAGAUGCACAUGGCCAGUACGAUUCCUUUAACCUCUUUCUGCUGUAACACUACAUGUUUUAAAUAUAGAUUAUUUCUCAGCAUACUUUUAUUUCGCUUGAAAGAUUAUUUGUGUGCUUUGAGAAGUGUGUUGAACUCCCCCACCCACCCACACAGCCAUGGCAGAUAUAUCUUAAGCUAACAGAUUCACAUAGGAACAUUUUAAAAAUUGUUCAAUUUAGAGAAAUGGCUGCAAUAAAUCUUAUGAGCUGAAAUUAUCCAGAAUGAUAUUAAGACAAAAACUACCUGUAUGUCAUCAGGAAUGCGAGGACCUGAAGAAACAGAACAAAUGCUUGUCAAAUGAGCUGCAUUUGGAAAGAAUUUUUAUGAAAUCGGAAAGCGAGCUGGGCAUGAGAAAUCUCAGAAAUAUAAACCAUGGACUGCAAACACUAGUUAAAGAGGUAUGACACCACCAGACUGAGCUCUUUUCUGCUGUUUUUUUUACCAACAUUACCUGACUAAACAUAAUGUAGUCCCCUUUAAAGAAUAUAGAGUUUGUCUGAAAACUUCCCCUGCUGUGAAAUUAGAGGAAAUGACGUAGCUAUUAAAAAACAUUUUUAACCAUUAGAAAGUAUUAUGCUGUUGUUGUUCAUAAUUAAACAUCAGGUACAACUUGUGACUGCUUAUAGUGACUGCUUCACUAUAAGUCUCACUAAAAGAAGCAAUUGGAUCUAAAAGCAAGGUCUGAACUACACUUCUGCAAUGCAGUGGCAACUAUGGCUGCAUCCUAACCCCACUUCCCUGUGGGGUUUAAGUUAGGAUUGCGCUGUAAGCUAACUACUUUUUCACAGCUGGCUCCAUGGGCUGCUUUGCAUACACAAAAAUUACAUUUUUAAGGUAUACACCUAAAAGCAAAACUGCCCAAUCCAAAAAUAGAGAUCUGUGCUUGGUAAUUCUUCUAGGUCAAGAAAUGUGCACGGAGAUUGCAUGUUCAUACUCAGGUGCACAUCCCAGGAGGUACAGCAGAGUGUGGGUGUGGGUUGUGGUUUCCCUCACAACUUGCAGGUAUAAGGUAAAGGGACCCCUGAUCAUUAGCUCCAGUCGUGACAGCUCAUCUCGCUUUAUUGGCUGAGGGAGCCGGCGUACAGCUUCCGGGUCAUGUGGCCAGCAUGACUAAGCUGCUUCUGGCAAACCAGAGCAGCACACGGAAACGCCAUUUACCUUCCCGCCAGAGUGGUACCUAUUUAUCUACUUGCACUUUGACGUGCUUUCGAACUGCUAGGUUGGCAGGAGCAGGGAUCGGGCAACGGGAGCUCACCCCGUCACGCGGAUUCGAACCACCGACCUUCUGAUCGGCAAGUCCUAGGCUCUGUGGUUUAACCCACAGCGCCACCCGCGUCCCUUGCAGGUAUAAAUAGGAGUGUAAAUUUCUAUCCACCAACUAGGCCACUAGUUGUGCAAUUAUGUGUGUAUGGUGAACUUGAGUCAUUGGGCAUCAGCUUUAUCCUUAAUCCUCUCAAAAUGAGCUUGACUCUGAGACACAGACAUCAGAAUCCCAAUAUCCAGGAUAAAGCAUUUAAUCCAAGUCUUUUAGCGGAGCCAUCCUACACAUGCCCACUCAGAAGUGCAUCCCAUUAAGCUUAAUGAGAUUACAUCCAGGUGAGCAUUUAUAAGAAGAGCCUGCUGAAUCAGGCCAAAGCCCCAUCCAUAGGCUUGCAGUCUCAGUUCUUUUUUUUUUUCUUUUUUAUGACUUAAGAUACGAAUACAGAAAAGAGGAUUUGAAACCAGUGGGGCGUGACUGGUAUUGUGGAGGUUAAUUGCUCAACUUAUUGAGUAAAAAGGGCUUGGCACCACACAAAUCACGAAAAUGCAGUUUUCCAUUUGACUUAAAAUAUUGAUCUAUGUUAACUUUAAAGUAAUCUUUUUCAUCAGAGAGAAAGAAGAAGAAUAUUGUGAAGAAGCAUUAUGAACUGCCUAUGUUUUUUGAAAAGGAAACCCUGAUUCCUCUUCUUUGAUUACAGAGAGGUUGCCAGUGUGAACGUUACUGAUGAAUAUUGUAUGGGUAGUUUAUGUCUGGCUGGGUCAGAUUCAAUAUUUUGGCAGGAAAGCUAUAUUCAAGGUCUGCCAAAGUUUCUGCCCUUUGUAGAACAUUACGCUUUUCUCAGUGUAAGGAAAAACAAAGUGAAAAUAAAUCAGGCGAGAAAACCUACUGGCAGAGAAUUUGUUGCUAACAACUCAUAGCAGGUUUGCUAUGAUCAGGCACUAAAAGAAUGAGGGGCUGUAAAAAAACAAAACAAAACAGGUUUAAUUUCUGUGGGUGUUUGUGACAAUACUAAAAACUUUUAAGCAAAAAUGAAAGGAAUAAAAAGUUGACAUAUUUUAAAAAUACAUAUCUAUAUAUGUUGAAAAACUGCAGGAGGCUUUAAAUCAUAAGCCCCUUUGUGAGAGUUGUGAGGAGACCCUUCACAGAGCUCUUGCUCCCAGCACCCUUAACAAACAACAGUUCCCAAAAUUCUUUGGGGAAAGCUAUGACUGUCAAAGUGGUAUAAGAGUGCUUUCAAUAUAUGGCGUGAAUAGUUCGGCAGAUCCAAACUUUUCUGGAAAGCUUUUGGCACACUCCCUAGAUCCCAUAUCCUUCUGAAUCUGAAAUUUGAUCUAAGCAAAUGCAAGUGAAAACUGCAAUGGCUUCUUUGUUUCCCUCCUGUGACAAAUUUUAAAUUGUAAUCUCCUCAGGGCAUUGACCUAUUUUCUUGCACUCUUUAAAGUGUUGCUGACAUCAGAUAGUAUGUAGCAACAAUUCCCUCUCUCCCCCACCCCUGAAAUAUUAGAGGGGCCAUUCUCAAAGGUGCAUGAGUUUUAUCAAUGACUGUGGAAUAAGAAACCCCUUUCUAAUACUGUAUUCACAUGUUCUUUUGCUCAUCAGCUGAGGCAAAAGCUGAAUGCCUCUCAGCAGACAGCGACAAAAUACUCCAAGCUUGUGGAGGAGGCCUCUCUGGCGCAGGCAGAAGCUGAGAAAGGCCAAGCGGAGGCUGAAGCCCAGGAAAAGUUGUGUCGGGAGCAGCAAGAAGCAGUUCAACUGGAGAACAUCAGCUUAAAAGAAGAAACCCAGCAGCUGAAGAGAAAGGUAUGAGCCUUAGAUCACAUGCUUGCACCCUGAGUUAACUACCAGUUGUCGGGAUCCCAUAUCUGUCAUGGUAGAAUGUAUAAGAGCAAGCCUAUCAAAAUAUCGCCUUUGCCUAGGUCAUCCUUUCUCAACCUUGGGUCCUGAGAUGAUGUUAUGCUAUAGCUCACAUCAUUCCUGAUCACUGGUCCUGCUAGCUAGAAAUGGUGAGAGUUGUAGUCCAACAACAUCUGGGGACCCAAGGCUGAGAAAGCCUGGCCCACAGUGAUGUAGUAGAAUAAAUCUCAUACUGCACAGGGCCAAACUUCGCAUGGAGCAAUGUGAAUCAUUCACCUCAGGCAGUGGCUUCCACGCUAUUUUUCUUCCUUCAAACUCUUAUCUUUGCCUUUGUUUUUAUAGGUGUUAAAACCUCUACGGCUUGGCUGUCCCGGCAACUUUCUGCCUUAGAGAGGGGAAAACAUGUUUUUCUGAUUUGUCUCUUUCAGUUAACCGAAAUGCAGCAGCUGUUAGCACAAGUGGAAAAGAGCCACUUUGAAAGUCAGAUGAAACUAGAGAGAAUAACAAUGGAGAGGGAAGUCAUCCGUGAGGAAAAACGAUAUUUGGAGCACGAAAGGAAUGAACUAAAGCAGAAACUGAAAGGAACACUAGAAGAGAAUUUGAAGUGUAAAGAAAGGUAAGGUUUUAAUUUAGACACACACACACACACUUUUUUUACAGGCUCUUUCCCAUCCCAGAAAACAGUUGCUCCUUUCCUGACAUGACAAGAGAUGUUCCCAAUCUUCACAAUGGUGUAUGAUUUUUAAUUUUGUUUAUUCCUUUGAUUUUACACCAAACCCCAUUUUGUAGGCUCUGUGUCAUAUGCUACCUCUCAUUUUGCGGAAUAUUCAUUCCCCUAAAUCCUUAGUUGUCUUAAAAUUAGGAUAAAUAUAGUAAAGUAUAUAGCUUUAAACCAAGGAUGGCACACCUGUGGCCCUCUGGGUGUGUGCUUGUUGAAGUCCAACUCCCAUCAGCCCGAGCCAGCAUGGCCAAUGGUCAGGGAUAUUGGGAGUUGUAGUCCAACAACAUCUGGAGGGGCCAUAAGCAGUAGUAGCCAGUGGGGGUGUAGAGAAUUGGGACAGUAUUGCUAACCUGACUUCCCAAUGCAGAGGUUGCUUCCAGUAACCAAGAGAGGGAGAGGGAGGCAGUGAGGAGGUCAGCACUGUGCAAGCACAGAAGCAGGAAUGUUUGUUUGGGUUCAGCUGCUACACCCACACCAUCCUGGCCUUGUCACAGUCCCUGUCAGUAACCAACAGUGAUCUAUGCAUUGGGAACCCAAGUAACCAACACCACUCCAACCUCCUGCACUCUGCCAAUUGCUACAGGCCACAAGUUCCCCACUCCUGGUUUAAACACUCCAAAUAUAAGCCUCACUAUGAUCUCUUAAAGGGACGCAGGUGGCACUGUGGGUUAAGCCACAGAGCCUAGGACUUGCCGAUCAGAAGGUUGGUGGUUCGAAUCCCCACGACGGGGUGAGCUCCCGUUACUUGGUCCCUGCUCCUGCCAACCUAGCAGUUCGAAAGCACGUCAAAGUGCAAGUAGAUAAAUAGGUACCGCUCCGGCGGGAAGGUAAACGGCGUUUCCGUGCGCUGCUCUGGUUUGCCAGAAGCGGCUUAGUCAUGCCGGCCACAUGACCCAGAAGCUGUAUGCUGGCUCCCUCGGCUAAUAAAGCGAGAUGAGCGCCGCAACCCCAAAGUCGGCCAUGACUGGACCUAAUGGUCAGGGGUCCCUUUACCUUUACCUUUAUGAUCUCUUAAAAUCCGCUGAGAGCAGCUUCUUAACAACACCAUGAGGUUCAUUCAGCAGUGACAUUCACACAUUCUCCAAGCCUGAAAACCUUUUGGAAAUGUCAUUUGAUCUGCCUGUUUACAAUAGUCUUUGGAGUUUAGAGUUAAGUUGAGAAACAAAUUUAAUUGAAUUCAAAUAAGUAUUAUUCUGCUACCACAAUUUCAUUUCAUUUCAUUUUAUUCAUUUCAUUUCAUUGUUAUCUAGUUUAAGCCUCUAGGAUGGGGAAGCCUAUGCCCCUUAAAUAAACAUUUUUCCUUCCACCUAUUCCAGUGAAAUCUCUCAAAGAUGUAGAACAGAAGCUGCUGAAGAAGCUUUAGAGAAAGCAACCUUGCUUCAUUACGAGUCGGAAAGGGGGAAGCGCUUGCUAGAACGGGACAUAGAAGAGAAGGAAAAACAGUGUGAGAUGUGGAUGAAGAAAUAUAGUGCCAUGGCAGACCUCUGGCAAUCCCAAGAGGAAGAAAAAUCAAGAAGGCAAAACAAAGCUGUAUGUACCACUUUGAUACAUUAUGAAAUCUGAAUGGCUUGGUCAAUGACUCUGGGUUUUGUUCUGGGAGCCCUCGUGGCUUGAGGUAACUGAUCCAGUGAGCUACUUGGGGGCAAGACACAACUUUAAACAUAUGUUUAAAAAAAUGAACCUGGACUGGCUCUUUAUCUAGAAAAAGCAACUGCACGGUCCUGUCCCCGCACAGCCCCAGCUUGAAUUUAAACUGUGGCUCAGGAUGAGGGGAGUUUAUCCCUUUCCCCUCUGUCCUCUGGCAAAUAGCAGCUGGGGUGGAGUGGAAGUGAUGCAAGGAAACAGAUUAACCCCUACCACAGCCUUGACUAAAAUGAGGGAGCCCUCAAAAGCAGGGUUUUGUUUUGCUAGCAGAGACACAAAGCCUGUAUAAGCGUGUUUCUAAUCCUGUGUUUAAAGUCACAUCUUGUUUGACCUUGUGUGUGCUUACAUCGCAGAAACCUGGUAUAGCUAACUGCCAGAGCCUGGCCUUCUGACUUCAUGGUUGCCUGGUCAACAGAGCUGAAGCUUACGCACUUCAGCCUCUAGCUUCUCCAGUUUCCAGACCUCUCUUUGAACAGUCAGUCCUAGCUAUGGAAUCAUCACUGUAUGUGCCUGAGUGGAAUGGGAUGCCAUCUUCCUCUCCUCCUUCCCUGCAUCCCCCCUGCACCUUUGGGAGACUCUCCUAAGCAGAUUUUGGGGGUGUAUGUGGUGCAGAGAAGAUGGUGAUAUCCUGUUGUACAAGUGGAAAUCCACUGGAUUCACACAACAACAUUUCUGAAGGAAAACAAAUAAGUAAUUGAAAUGCAGGAUGUCUUUUGUGUCUUCCUGGUAGUCUAAAACUCCCCCCCCCCUUGUAUUUCUGAAUAAGCAGCCCCAAAUAAGGUUAAACUUUGCCAUCAGCAUUUCUUCUUCCCUUCUCUUCUUAGUGUCAGGUGAAAAUGAAGAGCUAUUUCUUGUGUAUCAAUGAAAGCAAUGAGCACAUAACAGUAUUAAGAAAUGAAGAUGGAACUCCACAGAGAUUUGCGGUAAGUGUGGGAUAAGCAGACUCCUAUAAUUAAUGCAUGAAGGGAUUAAGACCAUAGAGUAAAAUGUCCUGCCAGGCUUAGCUGGGUCACUCUCCCUCACCUUGCAAGGAAAGAUUAUAUUAUUGAGCAAUAAAAAAUUAGGCCAAUAAUUUAUCUCAUCGGACAAAGUUAAAAAAAGAGGAGUGGUUCUUUAUGCAAAGGAGAACCUAUCACCUAAAUUUAUCUUUAAAGAUGAACAAGGAAGACUUGUAGCAAUUGAAAUUCAAUCACAAGGAGAUAAAUUUUUGGUAAUAGGUAUCUAUGCGCCAAAUGAAGGGAAAUCGGAAUUCUUUAAAAAGCUACAUGAAAUUUUGAUGGACUAUUUGGAUUACAAUAUGAUUUUGAUGGGAGACAUGAAUGGUGUUGUAUCCACAAACAUGGAUAAGGUGCAAAGACAAAUAAUUACUAAGGAUGGAAGACUACCAAAAACAUUCUUUGACAUGACUGAAAACAUGGACUUAAUCGACAUCUGGAGGAUGAAGAAUCCUCUGGGAAGAGAGGGAACUUUCUUCUCCGAGGCUAAAAUGACAUGGACAAGAAUUGACCAAAUCUGGGUAACUAGAGGACUGGCUCCAAAGAUUAGCAAGGUUGAAAUUUGCCCUAAGACCAGCUCUGAUCAUAACGCUGUGAAGAUGGAAAUGAAAUUAAUGCCAACUGGUUCCUUUAGAUGGAGGAUGAACGACUCUUUGUUUAGGAAUGAUGAAUUUAUUAAAAAGGCCCAAAAAACUUUGAAAUAUUAUUUUGAGAUAAACAUGAACACUACAGUGGAAAAAAGAGUAAUCUGGGAUGCAAGUAAAGCCGUCAUGAGAGGCUUCUUGAUACAACAGAAUGCAAUUAAGAAGAGAAUGCAAAAUGAGAAAAAAGAUAAAAUUUUGGAAAACAUAAAGGAAGGAGAGAAGAAACUGAGGGCGAAACCAAAGUCUCAGGAAAUUUUAAAAGAAAUAAAGCUAUACCAAGUACAAUAUAUGAAAAUGAUGAAUCAGGAAAUAGAAUGGAAGAUUAAACAGAUGAGACAAAAGACAUUUGAAUCGGCAAAUAAGUGUGGGAAAUUGCUGGCUUGGCAACUGAAAAAAAGACAAAAAUUAAAUACUAUUACGAAUCUGGAAGUGGAAGGAAAGAAUAUACAGAAUCCAGUGGAAAUUAGAAAGUGCUUCCAGAGGUACUUUAAACAAUUAUACACACAAGAAAAGCAGAAUGAAAUGGACAUUGAUAAAUUCCUGGAAAGAAAUGGAUUACAAUAAAUUUCCCAAGAAAAUAAAUUAAUGCUGGAUUACAAAAUAACGCAUCAGGAAGUAGAAGGGGCCAUUCAGAAUAUGCAACUAGGUAAAUCUCCAGGACCGGAUGGACUGACUUCUAGAUAUUACAGAACUUUGAAAGAAUGGUUAAUACAACCAUUAAAGGAAGUCUGUAAUGAAAUAUUGGAAGGGAAAAGGGCACAUGAGUCGUGGAAAUAAGCAUAUAUUACACUUAUACCAAAAUCAGAGCUUGAAAAGACGCAACUUAAAAACUACCGUCCCAUAUCACUGCUUAACGUGGAUUAUAAAAUUUUUGCAGACAUUUUGGCUAAAAGAUUAAAAAAGGUGUUAGCAGAAGAAAUUCAUAAAGACCAAGCGGGCUUUCUCCCGGGCAGACAUUUGUCUGAUAAUACGAGGAACAUAAUUAAUAUUUUAGAAAAGCUACAAGUGAAGAUUAAUACUAAAGCAGUUUUGAUUUUUGUGGAUGAGGAGAAAGCCUUUGACAAUAUAUCUUGGAGUUUUAUGAAGAAGAAUCUAUUAGGGAUGGGGGUUGGUAAAGGUUUUGGAAAUGGUAUAGGUGCAAUCUACUUAGAACAAAAGGCUAAAUUAAUUGUGAAUAAUGUAGUGACGGAAGAAUUUAAGAUUGAGAAAGGAACAUGACAAGGUUGUCCAAUCUCUCCAUUGCUUUUUAUUUCGGUCCUGGAGGUUCUGUUAAAUAUGAUUAGAAGGGACCAAUUGGUUAAAGGUAUACAAGUGGGAGCUAAACAGUACAAACUGAAAGCAUUUGCAGAUGACUUAGUAUUGACUUUACAGGAGCCAGAAUCAAGCACUAAAAGAGUACUAGAAUUGAUUCAAGAAUUUGGUCAGGUAGCAGGUUUUAAGUUGAAUAAGACGAAAACUAAAGUUUUGGAGAAAAAUCUAAAUGAGAUUGAGAGAGAGAAGUUUCAAAAGGAGACAGGACUGACACUGGUUAAGAAAGUGAAAUAUUUAGGGGUUAAUAUGACUGCUAAGAAUGUGAAUUUAUUUAAGGAUAAUUAUGAAAAAUGUUGGACUGAAGUGAAAAAGGAUUUAGAAAUAUGGUCAAAUUUGAAGCUAUCGUAGCUAGGCCGAAUUGCUGUGAUAAAAAUGAAUGUAUUGCCAAUAAUGCUGUUUUUGUUUCAAACAUUGCAAAUUUUGGACAAAAUGGACUGUUUCAAGAAGUGGUAGAGAGAUAUCUCCAGAUUUGUCUGGCAGGGCAAGAAGCCUCGUAUAAAAUUUAAGAUACUAACUGAUGCUAAAGAAAGAGGUGGAUUUGCCCUGCCAGACCUCAAACUUUAUUAUGAAUCAGCCGCAUUUUGUUGGCUGAGAGAAUGGAUGCUUCUUGAAAACACGGAUGUGUUGGAUUUGGAAGGUUUCAAUAAUGUAUUUGGUUGGCAUGCAUAUUUGUGGUAUGAUAAGGUUAAGGCACACAAAGCGUUCAAAAACCAUAUUGUAAGAAAAGCAUUGUUUAAUGUCUGGAUAAGAUAUAAGGAUUUGUUAGAAAAUAAAACCCCAAGAUGGCUGUCACCAAUGGAAGCAAAGGCUCAGAAAAAACUCAAUAUGGAUGCCAAAUGGCCGAAGUAUUGGGAAAUUUUGGAACAAGAGGGUGACAGACUAAAACUGCAGAGCUUUGAAAAAUUAAAAAACAGAGUACGAGACUGGCUCCAUUAUUAUCAAAUAAUGGAGGCAUAUAACUUGGACAAAAAACUAGGCUUCCAGGUGAAAAAAUCAAAGUUGGAAACAGAAUUGUUAGACCCUAAAGUUAAGAAUUUGUCAAGAAUGUACAACUUGCUGUUGAAAUGGAAUACUCAAGAUGAAAUGGUGAAAUCUGCUAUGAUUAAAUGGGCACAAGAUGUUGGACAUAAUAUCAUGAUGGCUGACUGGGAACAGUUAUGGACCACUGGUAUGAAGUUUACGGCAUGUAAUGCCUUAAAAGAGAAUUUAAUGAAAAUGAUUUACAGGUGGUACAUAACACCAGUCAAACUUGCAAAAAUUUACCAUUUGCCCGAUAAUAAAUGUUGGAAAUGUAAUGAAACUGAAGGUACAUUCUUUCACCUUUGGUGGACAUGCCCAAAGAUUAAAGCAUUCUGGGAGAUGAUCUAUAAUGAAAUGAAAAAGGUAUUUAAAUAUACCUUUCUAAAGAAACCAGAGGCCUUUCUCCUGGGCAUGGUAGGACAAUUGGUGCCAAAGAAGGACAGAAUUUUUUUCAUGUACGCCACAACAGCAGCAAGAAUUCUUAUCGCAAAGCACUGGAAGACGCAAGAUCUACCUACCAAGGAAGAAUGGCAGAUGAAGCUGAUGGAUUACAUGGAAUUGGCGGAAAUGACUGGCAGAAUCCGAGACCAGGGAGAAGAGUCGGUGGAAGAAGAUUGGAAAAAAAUUAAAGUAUAUUUACAGAAAUAUUGUAAAAUUAAUGAAUGUUAGAAGGAUGCUGGAAAGAAGUUAUAUGACUCUAGUAGAAAUGUUACAAAGAAUUAAGUAUGAAUAGACUGAUAAUGGGUAAAGGUUAAACUUAAGGUUUAAUUGCGUUAAGAUAAAUUAUGGAACUAAAUCUGAGAAAGAGGGAAAGGACUUGCUGGAACAAUUAAUUGAACUAGAAUACAAAAAAGGAGGUGUGAGGAAGUCGAGGAAACAAGCAAAUGAAAGAUAAGGAUAUGAAAAUACGGGGUCUUCUUUUUUUGUUCUUUUUUCUUCUUUUUUUCCUAUUUUUUAAAGGUUUGUGUUUUUUAAAUGUUUCUGCUUUUCUUUUUUUCUUUUUUAAUGUGUCGAUGUAUUGUUGAUGUUUUGUAUUAUUGUAUUUCCUUUUGUUUUUAAGGUUUUGUAAUUGUUUAUUGCUUGUAUUUCUUUUUUCUUUUUUUCCUUUUUUUGUAAUAUUUAAACUCUAAUAAAUAUCUUUAAAAAAAAAAGAAAAAAGGAAAGAUUAUAAAACUCCUUGUUCUUUCAUACCACCAUGUGAACUCUGGCAAGCAAAGAGAUCUGAACCAGUUGCUCCAAGCUCAGACUGCAUGGCUUACGCAAGCUGUAGUUGUGUUUCUAUACAAAUAAUUUAGAAACAUUCACCAUUUUGGAAGUUUUGGAAGUUUUGCUGCCUGUGUUUUCUUAUUGCUGUAAAACACAUAAAUCUGACCUUUGAAGAGUUUGUAAGUAAACUAUUUUUAACUUACCAAACACAUGGACUCUUUGUAUGCUAAGAGAAGAGCUUUGAAAGCACCUUAGAACAAAAACCAACCGUAAACAACUUGGAAUUUACUUCCAUUGAGAUCAGAGGGGAAAACACCAGUACUGUGUUCCACAUGUCACAAGAUGGAAAUGGCACCAUGUAAACUUGUACAGAAUGAAACAGUGCUACAAAGAGCUCAGGAUUACAGCUCAGGACUAGUUUUUCUUUUCUAUAUAAAUGAACUAAGCAAAUGUGCAAGAAGAAGCAUGUUUCAAAUACGAAAUUUGGGUGGUAGUAUAUUGGACUAGUGGAAAUAACAGCCUGUUAAGUAUCAAGCUAACAGUCACUCAUCUUCAACUUUUCCUUUCCAAAAUGCUUUGUAAAAAACCCCCCAAAAACUUGGUGUAUCACCACUGCACCUGCCUCUUGGGAUGCUCCACCAAACAGCAAAUUAAUAUACUUAAUUAUAGAUCAAUUUCACUUUGAUUUUUGUUUUUUAAAAAGACAAAGUAAUGUGCCAUAUGCACACAAGUAACAAAGAGAACCUUGAGCUUGGGCCAAAUUUUAUUAAAUUGCGAUAAACUGUGAUAAACUGGAAUUAUGGAUUUGCUUUUUCUUCCCCUCCUAGAAAGGACUGGAUUAUUCUUUGGCGCAGGACAACUUCCUUAGAUUUUAGGCAUUACUGUUCCAUUUCUGUAUGUACUUUCUUGGGAGAAAGCCCCACUGAACUCAAAAGUUUUACUUAUUAGUACAGAGCGUUAUGAGAACAUAAAAGGAGCCCUGGUGUAACAGUCCAAGGCAUUUAGUGUGACAUUUAGUUUUAUUAUUUAACACACAUAAAGGACAAAAAAUGAAAUAAAAAGCAAAGUGUUGUUUCUAAUUUCAGCAUCUGCCCUUAGUGGCGAAAUGGACAAGGCACUAUGUAUCUCUAUAGUUACUGGUAGUACAUAACAAGAAGCAAUAGUUCUUAAAUUAGAAACCCAAGACUUUCUUACUCUACCUGGCAGAGAGGCACAUGUGGAGAAUUUACCAACAAUAUGUAACUACAUGUCACUUAGCCCCUUAGUAUUGGAAGAUGUUUGGCCAAUAGCUAAAUUUAAUGCAGACAAUUGAAGGAUAUGCUCCUUAUUUGACAUGCCAAAAUACCAGAAGUGUUUUGCAUUGAAUGUUGUAUUCAGUGGAUGGAAUAGCUUUGUACCAUGUGAGUCUAGAAAUGGAAGAAAACAGGCAAAUCAUUUUGUGUGGGUAGCAUUCAUGCCUACCUCCUACCGUCGGAGGAAAGAUCUGUUUAUCUUCUGCUGUGGGAUUCAACUCAUUUCUUGAAAGAGGCAGCCAAGAUGUGAAUAAAUUUACCAAAUAUGCCCGCGCAUGCUGUCAUAACUGAAUUAGCUUUGGCAAUCUGACUGAUUAAUUUGCUCAGCAUGUAAAACUCAAAAAUAAACUGACAGGAGUUAGAAAUUGGGUAAUUUAUAACAUUUGGAUUUUUUAAAUGAAAUGGUGCAUGUAGGGUUCACUUUAAUCAUAUUUUUAAAUUCCUGAGAGAAGGCUCUAAUUAUUUGUCUCUUGGCAGCCUCCUGUUCUAUUGUGACGAGUUUAUUGUCAUGGAAUUGCACUAGACAAAAGAGCUUUUGAUUUACAUGCACAGGGCACUCCUUCUAGGAGGUAUUUUUAGGUAUCCAACAGCAACUUGCAACCAUCAACUAUUCUUGCUUAACUAUUACAUUCUUUAAAAACAUUAAAGGUUGGGGGAAGGGUGUGCUAACAUGGGAUUCGCUCAGAAAAACAACACAAGAUGGGUAAGAGGCAAUUAUAUAGAAAUCAGUGAUCUGAUUAACCUGUGAAAUACUUUGAGAAUGAUCUAUUUUCUUAUAUUUGAUAAUUAGCAGAAUUAAAUUAUAAUGCUCUUUGUCAGAAUUGUAAAUAAGUCAGAGCUCCCCCUGUUUUAAUCAAUAUUAAAAAUGAGAUAGAUCUCUCCAGCUGAUUUGACAUACCUAGCUCACACAAAAUGGCCCCUAGUAGCUUUGCUUCUUCCUCUUCCAUAUGAAGGCUCCAUGUGAGGAAGGGCCACUUGUAGCUCAGUGGUAGAACAAAUAUCACAACUUCUGUCUGCAAUACCUCUACAAAGGGGUGGGAAAGAUUCCUGACUGAAACUCCAGCUUUAUAUCUAGGUAGCCCAAAUGGUGCCUUUCAUUUCCCAUCCGCCCCAGCCACAUGGCCAAUAGUCAUAAUAUAUUGUCUAUACCAGGAGCAGCCAAACAGCCAACUCAAUAUUAUUCCUUUAAAUCUUGAGGGACCCAUAACCAGUUUGUGCAGUGCACUCUCACAAGUUUUUCCUUUUUUAAAAUUAAUUUUCUGUUACAAAAUCAGUAAUAAAGCAUUCACAAAACAGUUAUCAUCAUUUCUUUGUGCAAACAUAAAUAAUAAAACAUGACAAGACUAACAAAUGGGUCACUAGGGGGGUAAAUACAUCUUAUUUCAUAUUGCAUAAUAUCUACAUACACCAUUUCUACGGUAUUCCUUGUCUAUGUGUUGAUUCAUUUAUAUAUUUAAUAAAAUCAUACCAUAGAGUGUAAAAAUUAUCUUGUUUUUUUCUGUCUCCUUGCCACCUUCAGUUUUUGCAACAACUUUCCCAUUAUGGCUGUUUGCAAUGUUUUUCAGGUUUUGGUUAUGACCAUUCUAGCUGCUGUUAAUAAGUGUUUUAUUAAUUCCUUACUUCUUAAUUGGUCCAUAUCUGAAGUAUAUAGAAUAAGUAAGGCUAAGACCAGGGUAUGAGCUGUAAUCUGAGAUAUAUCUUUCAAAACUUCCUUCCAGAAUUGUUCUAUUUGUAAAAACCCACCAGGAAGUGGGGAGUAAAACACCAUCCAGAGAACCUUGAGGGUGGGGAGACAACCUUUGAAAUAACUGCUUAAGCACAGGUCGCUGUUAAUUCAGGAGCACUUUCUUUUUUUAAGGAGGUGGUAAAAAAAUUUUUCAAUGUAAUCCCUCUGAAUCAGCCCCACACAGGUUUCAGCCAUGUCAACAAGACCUUAAGUAAUCGCUAUGAAGUGGAAGCAAUCCUUUAUUUAUAAAGCAGCUCUUAUUUCUUGUUUUUUGCCUAUGUUUCAGGAAGGAGAGCAAGUUUGUUUUUCAGUCCCUGGUGUUGACAAUGAAGAAAAGGCCAAGAGCACUGACAGGUAGGACUUUUAUAGUCUCUGACAUCUCCUAACCUCCAACUUCACAGUGAGCUAUCUGUGCAGAGGAUCUGACAGGUAAUAAAUUAAUAUGUUUACUGGCAUAUUCAAGACAGGAAAUAAACUGAUGGAAAGGCACGUCUCAUUACUUCUGCUUUUCAUGUAUCCUCUGACAACACUAACUGUCUACCUCUUUCCAUCCCUCCUCUCCCUACUAGGUAACAGAAAAUUGGCUCCUCUGUGAAAAUAAAAAUGGGAGCAAAAUUUCAUGCCCAGGAAAAUCAAGACACAUAAGAGUUCAGCUCUUCAAAGAGCUUUUUGCUCCUUUAAUCAUUUCCCCCCUAAAAUAAUCCAUUAGGAAUCCUUGAAAUCCUAGCUAGUCAACUGUUGUGGGCUUUUAGUUUGAACUUUGUAGUUACAGAUCUUUGAAGGAGAAAUUGAUAAAAAAUGAAGUAGCAGUAAUGUGAGAGAGAAUCUGAAAGAACAAAGAGAGUGUAGAGGAGGAGGAUCUGUGAGCAGCUGCUGAGAGAUGAGCAAAUUCCUCUGUGAGCUGUCUGUGAGACAACUUUGUGUUGUGCCUUGACUGGCAAGUGCUCACCCUCUUCUUUUGCCCAGUUCAUUGCUAUCAAUGUGAGAGAAUCUCUGGGCUCUUCCAGGCGACCUAUUUACUAAGCAUCCAGAUUAGUUUGCACAGCGUUUAAUGAAUAUGUUGGAUUACAUCCAGUCUUUACUGAACAUUCAUUCGGAUUUGUUUGUGGGGAGUUUAUACGACAGUGAACAUUUAUCCUUACUUGCUUGUGUCUUACCUAUAAUCAUGAGCUCAUUCCACACUUUUCUAUGUGUUUUCCCAUCACUUUCCUAAUCACAAAAGUAUAAAUAAGUAAAUAAAAUGUUGCUGCCUAUUGUCUUGGACUGAUUGCCCAGGGCCUCAAUGUACAGAUACUGUUGGAGAGUGUUUGUGUAAGAGUGCUACAAUAAUAUUAUGUACAAUUCUGGCUUCUCAAUCUUGAAAAAAAAAAUAAAGGAGGGGGAGAAAUUGUAGGACUGGAAAAGAUGCAGAAAAGGGCAACCAAAAUUAUCAGGAAUCUGGAGCAUUUUCUCUCCAAGGUUACCAUGUUUGGGGCUUUUCAGUUUAACAAAAAAAAGUGGCUCAGUGAGGGGUAAAAAAGGUAAAGGUACCUCUGCCCGUACGGACCAGUCGUGUCCGACUCUAGGGUUGUGCGCCCAUCUCACUUAAGAGGCCGGGAGCCAGCGCUGUCCGGAGACACUUCCGGGUCAUGUGGCCAGCGUGACGGAGCUGCUCUGGUGAGCCAGCACCAGCGCAGCACACGGAAACGCCGUUUACCUUCCCGCUAUAAUGCGGUACCUAUUUAUCUACUUGCACUUAGGGGUGCUUUCGAUCUGCUAGGUGGGCAGGAGCUGGGACUGAAAGACGGGAGCUCACCCCGCCGCGGGGAUUCAAACCGCCGACCAUACGAUCGGCAAGUCCUAGGCACUGAGGUUUUACCCACAGCGCCACCCGCGUCCCGACUCAGUGAGGGGUACUGGUAAAUAAAAGCAUUUUUAAAAAAUAUUCCUGGUGCAGAGAAAAUUGUUGUGCCCCUCCCCCCAUCUCAUAAUACCUGAACUUAGGGCAAUUCAAUGAAGCUGAAUGUUGGAAAAUUCAGGACAGAGGAAAGGAAACACAUUUUCACACAGUGCAUAUGUAUAGAACAAUGUCACAAGAUGACCAUCUAAAGCUAGUCUUGAUGGUCACUGACUUAUGUUUAUGACUUUAGAAAGGCAUGAGGCAAAUUCAUGGGAGAUCAGGCUGCCAAUGGCUACGAGUCAUGGAGGAUAAAUGGAACAUUCACUUUCAGAGGCAGUAGGCUGCUGAGUAACCGUUACUGGGGAGCUACAAAAGCAGAGGGAUUUUGCCUCUAAUGUCCUGCUUGGGGGUUUCCUAGAGGCAUUUUUAGUUGGCCGCUGUGAGAAACAGGACAAGGUGGACCUUUUGAUCUAACCCAACAGAGCUCCUCCUGUUAAGUUGUGGGUGAACAUAUCAGACGACACAGCGAUUCUUCCAAAGCAGCUCUUUAUUUGUAAGCUGGAACAGAACUAACUGAGGAGCUCAGUCAGCCUGCUUAUAUAGAGCUCCAGAACAAUGUAACUGUUGCCAUUUUCUAAAACUACCCAAUCACUUUCGAUCCUUCAUUUGCAUGCAAACUAUCCAAUCACUGAACGUCACUUUUGAUCCUUCAUUUGCAUAACUAUCUACAGUAUCCCCCUGCUGGCCCAGGGUGAGAACUUCAGUACAUAACACCUCCAAUGUGGCUUCCUUAUAGGGACUCACUUUAGCCCAGGAACUACAUCCUUCCAUCACCCCUUUUGCUUGAAAAUCCCUCCCAGAAAACCUGUGUGGUGGCACUUCUCUUCCUUCCUUCAGAUCUUUCCUCAAAACCACACAAGCUGCAGAGCCUUUGCUCCACCUUUUAGUCCUCAUUGAGAUAAGCCCUAAAUUCAUGUAGCUUCUAAAUUCUCCACACUUAUCACUUGCUGCUCUUUCUGCUCGUCUUUCUCUGUCUUUUGCUGCUCCUUGCCUAAAUAUUGUGUUCCUCAGCAAAGAAACAUGUAUUAUUUCUUGUUCUGUAAAGCCUUUGUAAAUUAGGGCUGUCAUAUUUCAAAAAGCUGCUUUUCCCAUCACAUUGCCAUACAUUCGGGUUCCCCCUGACAUUUUGCUGAUUUGGCAAAAUUUCCCCGACGCCAUUUUUAGACCUGAAAACCAGGACAUGUCAGGAAUUUUCCUGAUGUAUGGCAAGCCUAUGUAAAUCAACAGUGCUUUAUUAACCUGAGCUAGCUUUGCCCAACCUGAUACUCUCCAGAUGUUUUGGGGUCCAAACUCCCAUCAGCCCUGGCCAGCAGAGCCAGUGGUCAGGGAUAAUGACAGUAAUAAUAAUAAUAAUAAUUUAUUAUUUAUACCCCGCCCAUCUGGCUGGGCCUCCCCAACCACUCUGGGUGGCUUCCAUAGAAACCAAAAAUACAGUAAAAUAUCACAUGUUAAAAACUUCCCUGAACAGGGCUGCCUUAAGAUGUCUUCUGAAUGUCAGGUAAUUUAUCGCUUUGACAUCUGCUGUUAGGGCGUUCCACAGGGCGGGCGCCACUACCGAGAAGGCCCUCUACCUGGUUCCCUGUAGCUUUGCUUCUCGCAAUGAGGGAACCGCCAGAAGGCCCUCGGCGCUGGACCUCAGCGUCCGGGCAUAACGAUGGGGGUGGAGACGCUCCUUCAAGUAUACUGGACCGAGGCUGUUUAGGGCUUUAAAGGUCAGCACCAACACUUUGAAUUGUGCUCGGAAACGUACUGGGAGCCAAUGUAGGUCUUUCAAGACCGGUGUUAUAUGGUCUCGGCGGCCACCCCCAGUCACCAGUCUAGCUGCCGCAUUCUGGAUUAGUUGUCGUUUCCGAGUCACCUUCAAAGGUAGCCCCACGUAGAGUGCAUUGCAGUAGUCCAAGCGGGAGAUAACCAGAGCAUGCACCACUCUGGCGAGACAGUCCGCAGGCAGAUAGGGUCUAAACCUACGUACCAGAUGGAGCUGGUAAACAGCUGCCCUGGACACAGAUUUGACCUGUGCCUCCAUGGACAGCUGUGAGUCAAAAAUGACUCCCAGGCUGCGCACCUGGUCUUUCAGGGGCACAGUUACCCCAUUCAGGACCAGGGAAUCCUCCACACCUGCCCGCCUCCUGUCCCCCAAAAACAGUACUUCUGUCUUGUCAAGAUUCAACCUCAAUCUGUUAGCCGCCAUCCAUCCUCCAACCGCCUCCAGACACUCACACAGGACCUUCACCGCCUUCACUGGUUCUGAUUUAAAAGAGAGGUAGAGCUGGGUAUCAUCCGCAUACUGAUGAACACCCAGCCCAAACCUCCUGAUGAUCUCUCCCAGCGGCUGCAUGUAAAUGUUGAAAAGCAUGGGGGAGAGGACAGAACCCUGAGGCACCCCACAAGUGAGAGCCCAGGGGUCUGAACACUCAUCCCCCCCCACUUUCUGAACACGGCCCAGGAGGAAGGAGCGGAACCACUGUAUGACAGUGCCCCCAGCUCCCAGCCCCUCAAGACGGUCCAGAAGGAUGUUAUGGUCGAUGGUAUCAAACGCCGCUGAGAGAUCCAGCAGAACUAGGAAACAGCUCUCACCUUUGUCCCUAGCCCGCCGGAGAUCAUCAACCAGUGCGACCAAGGCAGUUUCAGUCCCAUGAUGAGGCCUGAAUCCCGACUGGAAGGGAUCCAAAUGGUCCGCUUCUUCCAGACGUGCCUGGAGUUGUUCAGCAACCGCUCGCUCAAUCACCUUGCCCAAGAAUGGAAGAUUUGAGACUGGGCGAUAGUUGGCCAUCGUGGCUGCAUCUAAAGAUGGUUUUUUAAGAAGCGGUUUAAUAACCGCCUCUUUCAGCAGGUCUGGGAAGGCUCCCUCACGGAGGGAAGCAUUCACCACCCCACGAAGCCCAUCGCCCAGUCCUUCCCGGCUAGCUUUUAUAAGCCAGGAUGGGCAAGGAUCCAGGAGACAGGUGGUUGGUUUCACUCAUCCAAGCAGCCUGUCCACAUCCUCGGAGGUAACAGAUUGGAAUUGAUCCCACUCAACUUGACUAGACAAAACUCUAGCACUCUCCCGCCCCGGCCCUGCUCCCACGGUGGAGUCUACUUCUUCCCGAAUCUGAGCGAUUUUCUCUGCAAAAAACUUUGCAAAAUCAUUGCAGGAGAACAUGUGGCCCGUACUGGGCCCCGAUGUUCCAGGCGAUUCCGCUAAAUUGUGAACCACCUGAAAAAGUCUCCUGCUGCUGUUUUCUGCAGAUGCAAGAGAGGCGGUGAAUAAAUUCUUCUUCGCCGUCGCUAUCACCACUUGGUAGGCUCGACGUUGAGCUCUAACCUGUGUCCGGUCAGAUUCGGAAUGAGUUAUCCGCCACCGGCGCUCUAGCCAUCUCAACGAUUGUUUCAUUGCCCUCAGAUCCGUGGAAAACCACAGGGCUGUCCGGGCUCCAUGCAAUCGGAGAGGGCGCUUCGGAGCCAAACAGUCAAUAGCCCUGGUUAACUCCACAUUCCAGCGGGCCACCAGGGAAUCAGCUGAAAGGCCAUCAACAUGGGAUAAAGCAUCCCCUACCACUCUCUGGAAACCAUUUGGAUCCAUUAAGUGGCGGGGACGGACCAUCCAAAUUGGUCUCACCUCCCUGCAGAGGGGAUGGGUCGCAGAGAAGUCCAGUUGCACCAGGAAGUGAUCUGACCAUGGCACUUCUUUCAUUUCGCAUUUACUUAGUGUCAGAUCACCAACAUCCAUAGAGGUAAACACCAGGUCCAAGGCAUGUCCACGGCUAUGGGUUGGGCCAGACUUAUUCAGGGACAGCCCCAUGGAGGCCAUGCUUUCCACGAAGUCCUGAGCGGCCCGUUGUAAGGUCGUGUCGGCAUGGAUGUUAAAAUCCACUAGGACGACCAAGCUAGGUGUCUCCAGGAGAACAUCCGCCACGACCUGAAGCAGCUCGGGCAGGGAAUCCUUGGUGCAGCAGGGAGGUCGGUACACCAAAAGGAAUCCUGUACUGCCCCUAUUGCCCAACUUCCAGAACAUGCACUCGGAAAACUGGGUCUUCCCAAUAGGACGCCUGGUGCAAACUAAUGACUUCCUAAAAAUCACUGCAACCCCCCCCUCCCCGCCCACAUGACCUGGGUUGCUGUGCGUAAGAGAAACCUGGUGGACAAGCAGCGGCAAGGACAGGCCCAUCUGCUUCCUCCAACCAAGUCUCUGUUACACAUGCCAGGUCAAGUCCUCCCUCCAUGAUCAAGUCAUGGAUGGCAGUGGUCUUAUGAAUCAUUGACCUGGCAUUGCACAGCAGCACCUUCAGUCAUGUGGGUAUCCCUUGCUGAUUCUAGUAUCCAUCCGGUCAGGACCAGACCCGGAGGCAGGAAUAGUCCUCAGACAACGACUAAACCUGCCCCCUCUGUAAUGAGAUGGUCUAGUAUUAGCGUAACUCCUCCUCCUACCCGUGAUCACUGAGAUUGGUUGUCCCAGUGCAUCCCCCCCUGUGGAACAUGCCCCAGCCAUUUUGUGGGCUGGGGCCCACUCCCCGGCAGCCCUGACCCCUCCCCUUAAGAACAAAAUAACACCUUAAACAAACAAACAAACAAACAAACAAACAAAACCAAUAAAACAAUACAAACAAAAAACUGUAAAAAUUACAAAAACAUCAAAAUAAAAAAAAUUCCCCAAGCCCAACCAAACAUCCAUCCCACCCCCACCCCCCACAUACAAAAAAUCCAAAAGAAAUUUUUAAAAACAUUUUAAAACACUCUGUGCCCCUCUGGCAGUAACAGCAACUGUCCUAGUGAGGCCUGUCAGGCCCCGCCCUGGGCCAGGUGGUAAGUGGCAAGAGCAGGGCCCUCAGGCACUCACUCAGGGGAGUCCUCCUGGGCAGCAGGCAGCAAGCAGCAAGCAGUCCUUGUCCUGGAGGGCACCAGGAUGAGGAAGGCUGAUCUAAACAUCAGCUGUCAAAUGAACAAUUUUAACUGCAUCAACUUACCCCUUUGUAUGAUAAGUGGGAAACUUAUCGGGUACCCUGGAGAACCAAUUAAGGUUUAUACUGUAUAUGGCUUUGCUUUCUUCCAACAUAAAAAGGGCUAAACAUAGUAAAAAAAUGUGACUAUUUUUUUCUUUGCUCUACCCCCCUCCACUUACUUAAUUUAUCCCAAAUGUAGUUUUGUUAUCAUAGUCGCUUGGUAAACUGAAUAAAAACAAAAUUUAUCUUUAAUCUCAGCUAUGCAGAUUUUUUAAAAUUAAAGGCACAGAACAUACUCCCAGCUUCAUAAAAAUAAUGUUGGGUGGAAAAAGUAUUACAACUAGGCUGUCUCUAGUUUGGGUUUGCCACCCGUCUUUUUGCAUUAACUUGGUAGAAGACAGCACAGACAACAAGCUGAGGUCACUUUGAUCGUGUUAAGCAGUUCUCUCACAGGCUGUAAUACAAUGCAAUCAAUUUUAAAAAAAAGGGGGGGGGGAAAGAUUGUUCUCCGGAAAUAGGUGAAUAUGCUCUCUUUUAACCCUGCAUAAACCAGACCAGAGGAUCCAAAGGAUCCCUUUUUCACUCAUUGUGGAGGGGAGUGCAGAGAUAAGUCUCCCCUCCCUGGGCACUGCUUUUUUAGAAAGUGUGGCUUCCCCACACUUGUUAUUAUUUAAGGAAAAGUAAGUUACCUGAAAAAGAACCGAUGUACAAUUGGAUCUAGACCACUGGGAACACCGGGUCUGUCUCUAGUCCUAGUAGUCCUACUGCUUAGAUUAAUCAGAGUGGGGUUGCCAAACUUUUGGGGCUAUUUGGAGUUUUGAGAAUAUGCCAUAGCCAGGUCACAAAAUGGCUACUGUGGGGGGUUGUGCUGAUUAACACAAAAUGGCUGCCAUAGGGUGUGACAUAACGUAGCCAAAAGAGCAGAAAAAGAGACAGGACCACAGAAUGGUGUGGACAAGCACAUCCCCAGUCAAUUGGUGGGGGGGGCACCUACAUAAAGCACUGCUGCACUCAUUCAUAGAGAGCAGCUCUUUGCAUCUCCACUCUUCUCUCUCCUCUCCUGGCAUAUGACGAACUGUGGGUGUUUGGCGGAGGAGAGACUGAGGCACUGCAAAGAAGAGAGCAGGAAGAGCUCUCUCAUGCAUUGUGGAUUUUUAGGGGAUAUUUAGUGAGACCUUUUGUAGGCGCCAUAGGAGGUACUGGCAGGCAUACCAGUGCCCAUGGGCACUAUGUUGGGAACCCCUAGAUUAGGGCUGCAGUUCUGAGUUUGACUUCUGGUCAAGGGGGAAGUCAGCAUCUUGUUAAAGAGAUACACACUUUCCCAUAACGUAUGUUCUGAUGAUCACAAGAAGCAUUUCCUUUUGUUUGCUGCUUUCAGUGAGUAAACUAAGGAGCCUAGUGAUUGCUCACUUGUACAGGGAGCAAAUCUGUUUGUACAGACUGAUCCAGCCUAGUAUUCCAAACACUCUACUUGUCAUUUUUUCUCUUACCCCUCAUUUCUCCCAUACAAUCAUUGCUUGUAUAUACUGUACAUCAGGGUUGCCGUAUUUCAGACAGAAAUCCAGACAGAAAGGUUGUUGAGCUUUUGUGACAACAUCACAAAAUAAAAUAAAAAUAAAAUAAAAUUGGAGCUAUUUUUAAGUAAAAUCGCCAAAAUAACGACACUGCUGGCACAGACAUAUGGAUUUCCCCGGACAUUCCAGCAAUUUCUGCCUGGACACUGAUUCCAACUGCAGUAUUCCAUAUAUGUCUGGGAAAUUCUAGACGUAUGGCAACCCUAAAGUGUACAUGCACCAAAAGGAGGCAUAAAUAAAUACAUACCAGUGAAAUGGGGAAAUAACAUGCAGUAGAGAAACUAUGGUGCAGACAUACUGAGUUUUUGCAUUAACUAUUACGUUGAAUCUUUAUUUCUCUGCAGGAUUUUGCACAGAGUUGUUGCACCCAGUUCAAGCCCUGGACAUCCUCAGAUGUGUGGACUUUGUCCUGCUGAACUGCAGGAGAGAACACCUGCUAGAAGAGGCAGGAAAAUCAUUGAAUAUUUCUGGUUUCCAGUUGAUGGUAAUACUGAAGAGUGA